AUGAGACAAGACCUGGUUCAGUGCUCCACAAACACCACUCCAUUGUCACCAAUCAGUUUCCUAGAACGAGCAGCCACUGCCUAUGGUGAUAAGACCUCCAUCAUCUACAAUGAUCGUGUGAGAUUUUCUUGGAGGGAAACCUAUGAAAGAUGCCUCAAGCUUGCUUCUGCUUUGCUAAUGGUAGGGAUUUUGCAGGGCGAUAUUGUUGCAGCUUUGGCACCAAAUAUUCCUGCACUAUACGAGCUUCAUUUUGGUGUUCCAAUGGUAGGUGCUGUUCUUUCUGCUCUCAACACCAAAUUGGAUGUAACAACAUUGGCGCUAAUAUUGGAACUAUCAGAACCAUGCAAAAUCAUAUUUGUGGAUUAUCAGUUCAUUGAUUCUGUCAUCAAAGCAUCCGAAAUGAUCACCCAGAGAAAAUGCAAGCCACCCCUCAUUGUCCUAAUACAUGAUUAUGGCCAAGAACCAACAUUCUUAAUGAAGGGUAUUUCAUCAUCAUGUUCCUUAAACUACAAGGAAUUUCUUGCAAUGGGACAAUUAGAUUUUGAGGCUUUAAUACCAAGCAAUGAAUGCAAUCCUAUAUCAGUGAAUUACACAUCAGGCUCCACAGGGAUUCCUAAAGGUGCUGUUUAUAGUCAUAGAGGUGCCUAUCUUAAUUCACUUGCAACAAUUGCUCGUUUCAACAUGAAACAAAUGCCAGUGUUCCUAUGGACAGUUGACAUGUUUCGUUGUAAUGGGUGGUGCUUCACUUGGGCAAUGUCUGCACUUGGUGGCGCCAAUAUCUGCCUAAGAAAUGUCUCAGCAAAAGGAAUAUAUGAUGCAAUUCACCUUCAUAGGGUGACUCAUUUUUGUGGUGCACCUACCCUUUUGGAAAUGAUUGCAUAUGCAUCACCUAGUGAUCAAAGGUCUCUGCCUCACAGGGUGAAUGUCACAGUUGCUGGUGUAUUACCACCAUUUCAUGUUCUCAACAAGGUAGCAGAACUUGGAUUUGAUGUGAACAUUGGAUAUGGUAUGACAGAGGCUCUUGGUCCUGUUAUUCUAAGACCAUGGAAACCCAAUUUAGAUGAUGAUUACACAAAGUUGAAUUAUGGUGAACAAGGGGUUCUAGACUUCAUGCAAGAUGUUGAUGUGAAAGAUCCAGAAACUAUGAAGAGUACUCCUCAUGAUGGGAAAACAAUAGGUGAAAUUAUGUUCAAAGGGCAUAGUUUAAUGACGGGGUACCUUAAGAAUCCACAAGCAACUGAAAAAGCUUUUAGGGGUGGGUGGUAUAGAACUGGGGACCUUGCUAUUAGGCAACAUAAUGGUUCUAUAACAUUGAAAGAUAGAGCAAAGGAUAUUAUAUAUUCUGAAGGAGAGGCUGUGAGCACACUAGAGGUAGAAGCAGUGUUGUUGAAUCAUCCAAAGGUUUUGAAAGUGGCUGUUGUGGGUAGAUAUGAUGAUUGCUUGGUGGAAUCACCAUGUGCAAUUGUCAAAUUGAAAGAUGGGUGUAAUGCCACUGUUGAAGAUAUCAUCAAGUUUUGUGAAGAUCAUUUGGCUACUCACAUGGUUCCUAAGAGUGUGGUCUUCGGUGAUUUGAUUGUUAAUUCAACUGGGAAGGUACAGAAAUUUCGUAUCAAGGAGAAGAUCAGAAGUAAUUAG